AUGUCCCGGCUUCCCACCGUCGCGGGCAGGGCGCCAAGGCGGCAAGAGGAGGGAGAGCGGCCCAGAGACCCCCAGGAAGAGCGGCCUUCGGCUGUCUCCGGCGCGGACAGAGAAGACAAAGGAUGCACAUCACAGGAGGGAGGAACUACUCCAACUUUUCCUAUUCAAACACAAAGAAAAAAGCUUAUUCAAGCUGUGAGGGACAAUUCGUUCCUUAUUGUUACUGGAAAUACAGGAAGUGGUAAAACAACCCAACUUCCAAAAUAUCUAUAUGAAGCAGGGUUUUCACAACAUGGAAUGAUCGGUGUGACUCAACCACGAAAAGUAGCUGCCAUAUCAGUUGCUCAGAGGGUUGCUGAAGAAAUGAAAUGCACUUUGGGAUCCAAAGUAGGAUACCAAGUUCGUUUUGAUGACUGCAGCUCUAAGGAAACAGCAAUCAAAUAUAUGACUGAUGGAUGUUUAUUGAAACAUAUUCUGGGAGAUCCAAAUCUUACCAAAUUCAGUGUCAUUAUUUUGGAUGAAGCCCAUGAGAGAACUCUAACUACAGACAUCUUGUUUGGUUUAUUGAAGAAGCUAUUUCAGGAGAAAUCUCCUAGCAGGAAGGAGCAUUUAAAGGUCGUGGUGAUGUCAGCAACUAUGGAAUUAGCCAAGCUCUCUGCAUUCUUUGGAAAUUGUCCAAUAUUUGAUAUACCUGGAAGGCUUUACCCAGUCAGAGAAAAAUUCUGCAAUUUGAUCGGCCCACGAGACAAAGAAAAUACUGCAUAUAUUCAAGCGAUUGUGAAAGUGACCAUGGAUAUCCAUUUGAAUGAAAUGGCUGGCGACAUCUUGGUUUUUCUGACUGGUCAAUUUGAAAUAGAAAAAAGUUGUGAAUUACUUUUUCAGAUGGCAGAGUCUGUUGAUUAUGAUUAUGAUGUUCAAGAUACCACUCUAGAUGGCUUAUUAAUAUUGCCAUGCUAUGGAUCUAUGACAACAGAUCAACAGAGGAGAAUAUUUUUGCCACCACCACCUGGAAUUAGAAAAUGUGUCAUAUCCACUAAUAUUUCUGCAACAUCUUUGACAAUAGAUGGAAUCAGAUAUGUGGUAGAUGGUGGCUUUGUGAAGCAGUUAAAUCACAAUCCCAGACUAGGACUGGACAUCCUGGAGGUGGUUCCAAUUUCAAAGAGUGAGGCAUUACAGCGAAGUGGUCGAGCUGGUAGGACUGCCUCAGGAAAAUGCUUUCGGAUCUAUAGUAAAGAUUUUUGGAACCAGUGUAUGCCCGACCAUGUGAUCCCUGAGAUUAAGAGAACUAGUUUGACAUCUGUAGUUCUGACCUUAAAGUGCCUUGCCAUACAUGAUGUUAUAAGGUUUCCUUAUUUGGAUCCACCUAAUGAGAGACUUAUUUUGGAAGCCCUUAAACAACUUUAUCAGUGUGACGCUAUUGACAGGAAUGGCUAUGUGACCAGAUUGGGUUUGUCUAUGGUAGAAUUUCCUCUCCCUCCACAUCUGACAUGUGCUGUAAUAAAGGCUGCUUCUCUGGACUGUGAAGAUCUACUACUUCCAAUAGCAGCAAUGUUGUCUGUGGAAAAUAUCUUCAUUAGACCUGUUGAUCCAGAGUACCAGAAGGAAGCAGAACAGAGACAUCGAGAAUUGGCAGCUAAAGCUGGAGGAUUUAAUGACUUUGCAACUUUAGCGGUCAUUUUUGAGCAGUGCAAAUCAAGUGGAGCUCCAGCUUCCUGGUGCCAAAAACAUUGGAUUCAUUGGAGAUGCUUAUUUUCUGCAUUUCGUGUUGAGGCUCAACUUCGAGACCUAGUCAGGAAGCUUAAACAGCAAAGUGAUUUUCCAAGAGAGACCUAUGAAGGCCCUAAACAUGAAGUACUACGAAGAUGUCUUUGUGCAGGCUAUUUCAUAAAUGUAGCUCGAAGAUCUGUUGGGAGAACAUUUUGCACAAUGGAUGGGCGUGGAAGCCCAGUUCACAUUCAUCCUUCCUCAGCACUUCACGAACAGGAAACAAAACUUGAAUGGAUCAUUUUUCAUGAGGUAUUAGUUACCACCAAAGUCUAUGCAAGAAUUGUGUGUCCAAUUCGCUACGAAUGGGUAAGAGACUUGUUACCCAAGUUGCAUGAACUUAAUGCACACGACUUGAGCAGCGUGGCCCGACAUGAAACAAGAGAAGAUGCAAGAAGGAGAUGGACAAAUAAGGAAAAUGUAAAACAGCCAAAGGAUGGAAUAUCAAAAGAAGUCCUAAAGAAAAUGCAAAGGAGAAACGAUGAUAAAUCCAUAUCAGAUGCCCGUGCUCGUUUCCUUGAGAGAAAGCAGCAGAGGGCCCAGGAUCACAGUGACACACUGAAGGGAACAGGCUAA